AUGCUAACAGACGUGAUGACAGAGGAACCGUGUGAACACAGAGAUGAAGAACCGUGGUUUCACCAGCAGGAUCUGGAACGUGAUCUUCACUUGGCCGCUGAACUGGGUAAAACCCUGCUGGAGAGGAAUCACGAGCUGGAGCACAGUGUCCGCCAGAUGUGUUCCGAAAACCAGGAGCGGCUCAAGGAAAUAGAGCAUCUCACCAAGCAGGUGGAGACGCUCAGGACGGUGAUGGAUCAGCACGCCAAAGUGAACGAGCAGCUAAACACGAGCGCAGAAGAGCUGGAGCAGAGCAAACAGAGACUCGUCCUGGAGAAACACCAACAUCAGAUCAAGAUCCAGAGACUGACGGAGACGGUACACGCCCUGCAUGUCCAGGUUGAGGAGCUCCAGAAGGAGGUCGAGACCCUGAAGACCAAACAGGAACCAGAGAUACUGGAGGAGCCACAGCGGCCAGACAGGGGCCAAUCAGACUCGUACCCGCUCUCUGAGCGCUCAGUAUCUCCUGGUGCGUCGACUGUGGAGGAAGACGAGGAAGACGAUGAGGAGCACACGAACCUCCUGACCUCUGUACAAGUGCUGCAAACCCGGCUGAUCUCUGAACGGUGCCUGAGGGAGGCGGCCGAGCACGAGGUCGAGGAACUGGCGCAGAAGAUCCGUGACUUUCAGCCUCGCCUGGCACUGCUGGACGAUUACCAGGUUCGUCUGGCAGAAUUACAGACUGAAGUCGUGGAAAUGAAACAGCGGGGGCGCUCCGGUACCGGCUCGGAGAUGCUGCCCGGCACGGUUUUCUACCCUUCACCUGAGGAAACGUGUGAGAUCUGGCAACCGAGGCCGAAGCUAAAGCGCUGCAGCAGUGAGGAGUCGGCGUGUCGGGGCCUGGCGAAGGAAACGCCCGCUCAUGCUGCCGGGUGUUUAGAGGCGGUGGAGAGUAGUGGCGUGUCCCUGCUAAGCGAGGUGGACGCUCAGUACCGCGCCCUGCAGAAGGAAUACGACGCACUCCUGCGCCAACUCCAGAGCGGGCGCUUACAGAGCGACAAGGCCGUGCAGACGCCCUCAGGAGGGGUCGGAACCCAGGACGAUGCCCAGCUCCCUGAAUACAAAACGCUCUUCCGUGAAAUUUUCACCCACAUCCAAAAAGCAAAGAGGAUCUAA